UUUGUGUCGUGUGAUAUCUGUCACUUCAUCUUAUGAACAUGCCUAGGUUGACUCCACAAAGGCAGGCCCUCAAGGACCUAACUGGCAACAUCUCAAGAAAACAAAUUCACAAAAAUGUUCGACGAACGUCAGAAAGUUCGAGUGGCGAAGCAAACUCUACUAGACACAUGAAAAGAAUUUGUUCAGAGACAGAUAUAGAGAAAAAUUUGAAAAUAAAAAUAUGUACAAAUUUAUCAAAAUAUAUGACAACAAAUGACAUGCAAUUGAAGAACAGGACUCUUAGAAAAUGUCAAAAAUCAGAAGGGACGUCGCCGAUGAUAGCUCUGCCACUUCUAGAAUGUAAUCAAUCGGAGAGUAUUUUAAAUGAAACUUAUGUAACUAAUAAUAAUGUUCUAAGCAAACACGUAAAGAACUAUAAAGAAAAUUCUGCAUUAGGAACUCAAGAAAAGAAACUAAGCAACAAAACAAAAAGGGAUAAAGUUAAAGACUUCUACUACGAAAUUUGCUUGAAACCCCUUGGAAUACUCAACGAUGAAGAUGAUGUUUUUAUACCAGAUCCUGAUAGUUUUCAAAACAUUUUUAAACCGCCUGAAGUGGACAAAAAGAAAUAUGAAAAUACCAUAACUGAUCGGAAAACUUAUCACAUAGAAGGAAAUUUUAUAACUCAACAAAGUGUCAUUAGUCGCAUAAAAGAAACUGUGAAAGAGUAUGACCAAUUUCUAAACGCAAAUACAACUAUUGAUUCAAUAAUAAAAAGACCAACCGCUAAGACAAAACUUAUGAAGAAAUUAUUAAAGAGGCACAGCAGUUCCAAACUCCUGAAAGAUGAAUCUAAGCCAUACUUCAUUGAUAUAUAUACUACAGAGUAUUUGGAGAGCAUAAUAUUUCAUGAAUUCAUUGGAGAAAAUAAAUACUUAAUUGAAAACGAUGUCAUUUAUCAUAAUAGAACAGAGAUCGUGGAUUGGCUAGUGAUGAUAAUGGACUUAUUGGAUAUACACCAGUCUACGUUUCAUACAGCAGUACGAAUCUUUGAUUAUGUCUGUACAAAGAUAAGCUCAGACAAAUAUCAAUUAAUUGGAAUUUGUGCUUUAUGGAUCGCAUUAAAAAAUCACGGUACUAAUGGUUCUCCACUAUUGGUACAUAAAAUAUUUUCAUUAUGCAAUGGCAAGUACUCAAACAACCAAAUUUUGUCUAUGGAGCACACCAUUCUAAAAGUCAUUAAUUUCGACUUAGUGAUAAGUAAUCCACUGAAUUUUCUAUAUUUUUAUCUGAAAGAGUGCCAGCUGGAAUGCAAUAAGGAACUGGAAUUAGCAACUAAUUUUAUAUUAGAGUGUUCUUCGUUAUUCCCCCAAUACGCAUCAACGAUACCAUCUCUUAUAGCUGAAGCUGCUUUAUGUUUGGGAAUGAUGUUAUUGGAAUGUGACUUAAAAGUAUUACACAACUCGCGUUACAAUAGCUCCGAGGAACUUCAGUACCAUUCCAAUUUGAUGCUGGCUCAGCUUAAAUUAGUAGCCCGGUCAGAAUUUCCUUAUAGAGAAGUUAUUGGUAGAUACUCCGCUCAGCAUUACUUGAAUAUUAGUGGUACAGUACUAGAGAAAGUUUUUAAAAUUGAAUUUGUAUAAAUUACUCCUAUUUAUUUUUGUAUUUUAUUUUAUUUAACUCAAUAAACAUUUACAAUUA